AUGACAGGUGGAGAGGUCCUGCCCCACACCCCUAGCUUCUCCCCGCCAAUGCUUUCAGUCUUCCCGCGCUCCUCGCGUUCACUGCACUGGUCUGGGCGUCUGGAACCGCCCACAACAGGAGCGCACCUAGAGCAGGGUCGUGGGGCUCUCGCCAAGAGAGGAGGGGGCCAAGGACAGGCGGGGGAGGAGAAGAGGCUGCGGCGGGAGGAGCGUGGGGCGGAGGGAGCGGAGGGAGGAUCCGGCUCACAACCCCCUCCCCCCACAGGGCCGGCCAAGGAGUGCGAAGAGGACCAGUUUCGGUGUCGGAACGACCGCUGCAUCCCCUCGGUGUGGAGAUGCGAUGAGGACAACGACUGUUCAGACAACAGCGACGAGGACGACUGCCCCAAGAGGACCUGCGCAGACAGCGACUUCACCUGUGAUAAUGGCCACUGCAUCCCGGAGCGCUGGAAGUGUGAUGGCGAGGAGGAGUGUCCUGAUGGAUCUGAUGAAUCUAAAGCCACUUGUUACAGAGAAGAGUGUCCUGCUGAGAAGUUAAGCUGUGGACCCACCAGCCAGAAGUGUGUGCCUGCUUCAUGGCGCUGCGAUGGAGAGAAGGACUGUGAGGGUGGAGCGGACGAGGCCGGCUGUCCUACCUUGUGCGCCCCGCAUGAGUUCCAGUGCAGCAACCACUCCUGCCUGGCCUCUGUGUUCGUGUGUGAUGGCGACGAUGACUGCGGCGAUGGCAGUGACGAACGCGGCUGCUCAGACCCGGCCUGCCCGCCCCGCGAGUUCCGCUGUGGAGGAGGUGGCACCUGCAUCCCUGAGCGCUGGGUCUGCGAUGGCCAGUUUGACUGCGAGGACCGCUCGGAUGAGACAGCCGAGCUUUGCGGGCGAGUGGGCCAGGAGACCAUGGCCACGCCAGCAGCCUGUGUACCCACCACCCAGUUCACCUGCCGCAGCGGCGAGUGCAUACACCUAGGCUGGCGCUGCGAUGGCGACCGUGACUGCAAGGACAAGUCUGAUGAGGCCGACUGCUCAGCACCAGGACCCUGCAGUGAGAAUGACUUCCAGUGUGGGGAUGGGACUUGUGUCCUUGCAAUCAAACGCUGCAACCAGGAACACGACUGCCCAGAUGGGAGUGAUGAAGCUGGCUGCCUGCAGGAGUCAACCUGUGAGGGUCCCCGCAGAUUUCAGUGUAAGAGUGGCGAGUGCGUGGACGGCGGGAAAGUGUGUGAUGAUCAGAGGGACUGCCGGGACUGGUCGGAUGAGCCUCAGAAAGAGUGUGUUGCACCAACAUUCCAGAGAAACAGGAGGAGGCCCAGGGGGCUGAACGAGUGUCUGCACAAUAAUGGCGGCUGUUCCCAUAUCUGCACUGACCUCAAGAUUGGCUUUGAGUGCACAUGUCCAGCAGGCUUCCAGCUCUUGGACCAGAAGACCUGUGGCGACAUUGAUGAAUGCCAGGACCCAGAUGCCUGCAGCCAAAUCUGUGUGAAUUACAAGGGCUACUUUAAGUGUGAGUGCCACCCUGGCUAUGAGAUGGAUUCACAGACCAAGAACUGCAAAGCUGUAGCUGGCAAGAGCCCAUCCCUAAUCUUCACCAACCGACACGAGGUACGAAGAAUAGACCUGGUGAAGAGGGACUACUCGCGUCUCAUCCCCAUGCUCAAAAAUGUUGUGUCACUGGAUGUAGAAGUAGCUACCAAUCGGAUAUACUGGUGUGACCUUUCCUACCGCAAAAUCUAUAGCGCCCACAUGGACAAGGCCAGUAUCCCGGACGAGCAGGUGGUCCUCAUUGAUGAGCAGCUGCAUUCUCCAGAGGGCCUGGCGGUGGACUGGGUCCAUAAGCACAUCUACUGGACAGACUCAGGCAAUAAGACCAUCUCAGUAGCCACAGUUGAUGGCCGCCGCCGAUGUACUCUCUUCAGCCGUGAACUCAGUGAACCCCGAGCCAUAGCUGUUGACCCCCUGCGAGGGUUCAUGUACUGGUCUGACUGGGGGUUCCAGGCAAAGAUCGAGAAAUCUGGGCUCAAUGGUGCAGACCGGCAAACACUGGUUUCAGACAAUAUUGAAUGGCCCAAUGGAAUCACCCUGGACUUGCUGAGCCAGCGUUUGUACUGGGUGGACUCCAAGCUGCACCAGCUAUCCAGCAUUGACUUCAAUGGAGGCAACAGAAAGAUGCUGAUUUUUUCCACUGACUUCCUGAGUCACCCUUUUGGGAUAGCUGUAUUUGAGGACAAGGUAUUCUGGACUGAUCUGGAGAAUGAGGCCAUUUUCAGUGCAAAUCGGCUCAAUGGCCUAGAAAUUUCCAUCUUGGCCGAGAACCUCAAUAAUCCACAUGACAUAGUAAUCUUCCAUGAACUGAAGCAGCCAGCAGCUGCAGAUGCCUGUGAACUGAGUGCCCAGCCCAAUGGUGGCUGUGAAUACCUGUGCCUUCCUGCUCCUCAGAUCUCCAAUCACUCUCCCAAGUACACAUGUGCCUGUCCUGACUCAAUGUGGCUGGGCCCAGACAUGAAGAGAUGCUACCGAGCACCUCAGUCUACCUCAACUACAACGUUAGCCUCUGCUAUGACAAGGACAGUACCUGCCACCACAAGAGCCACUGGAACAACUAUCCAUGACCCUACCUACCAGAACCACAGUACAGAGACACCAAGCUGGACAGCUGCUGUCCCAAACUCAGUUAGUGUCCCCAGGGCUCCCAGCAUCAGCCCAUCUACCCUAAGCCCUGCAACCAGCAACCACUCCCAGCACUAUGGGAAUGAAGACAGCCAGAUGGGCUCAACAGUCACUGCUGCUGUCAUUGGGAUCAUCGUGCCCAUAGUGGUAAUAGCCCUGCUGUGUAUGAGUGGGUACCUGAUCUGGAGAAACUGGAAGCGGAAGAACACCAAGAGCAUGAAUUUUGACAACCCGGUGUACAGGAAAACCACGGAAGAAGAAGAUGAAGACGAGCUUCAUAUAGGGAGGACUGCUCAAAUUGGCCAUGUCUAUCCCGCAGCAAUCAGCAGCUUUGAUCGCCCACUGUGGGCAGAGCCCUGUCUUGGGGAGACCAGAGACCUGGAAGACCCAGCCCCUGCCCUCAAGGAGCUUUUUGUCUUGCCGGGGGAACCAAGGUCACAGCUGCACCAACUCCCGAAGAACCCUCUUUCCGAGCUGCCUGUCGUCAAGUGCAAGCGAGUGGCAUUAAGUCUUGAAGAUGAUGGACUGCCCUGAGGAUGGGACCACCCACGUCGUACCUCAUGGAGUUCAGUCCUAUGCACUACUCUCUCUGGAUGGGGUGUGACUGGAUGAUGAAUGCCAUUUCUAUAUAUGGGUCUGUGUGAGUGUGUGUGUGUGUGUGUGUGUGUGUGUGUGUGUGUGACUUUUUUUAAAUUUAUGUUGCGGAAAGGUAACCACAAAGUUAUGAUGAACUGCAAACAUCCAAAGGAUGUGAAAGUUUUUAUAUGUAUAAUGUUUUAUACACUUUUUAACUGGUUGCACUACCCAUGAAGAAUUCAUGGGACAGCUACUGCUGAGUGACUAACAUGAUGUAUAUAACCAAACGGGGGCCAAUGGUACAAACUUUACUCAUCAUUUGAAUACUAUAUUUACAGAGGAUGUUUGAUUUGAGGGCUUUUUUAAGUUUGAGGGGCUUGGUUUUUUUGUAAAUAAAAUUAUGCUUUGUGGCUAUCCAUCAACAUAAGUAUAAAAAGAAAGGACACUUCAACUCCCUUCCUCAUUUAGAUUAUUUAUUAACAUAUUUCAAAAGUAAGGUUAGCUCUAUAAAUAAUUUAGAGAAGUGAGAGUAUUUAUUUUUGGUAUGACUGGCCCACUGCACAGACUCUGUGUUUAUGUGUGUAUGUCUGUAUGAAAGAAAAAAAUCUGUAGAGAAGAGGCACGCUUAUGACUAUUGUUCAAAUACAUAAAAACAAAAUUAUUUUAAAAUGGUCCACAAGAGGGGUGUCUGGUUUCCAGAGACACCUUCAGAAACAUCAUUCAGAAAAUAGAUGCCACAGUUUGCACACACAUGUGGCAGAAAGGGUAGAUAUGUUCUCCUCUGGCUACCCCUGAGGACUUGGUGAGCUAACAAGAAGCUUUUCAGCUCAUCCAUGGCUGUCAUGACACCACCUAGGCUUUCUGAUCUGUGGCUUAGGUCAGUGUCCAGAAGCCUCCAGGAGCUCAAGAUAGCAGAGCUCAGCGAGGACUUGGGUUGACUCUCCUCUGAAGCACCUAAAGGCUGAGCCUCUAGAGCAGCAGUUCUCAAAUGACCCUUUCACAGGGGUCACCUACAGCCAUUGGAAAACACAGAUACUUACAUCACGAUUCAUAACAACAGCAAAAUUACAGUUAUGAAAUGCAACAAAAAUAAUUUUAUGGUUGGGGUCACCACCACAUGAGGAACUGUACUAAAGAGUCCCAGCAUUAGGAAGGUUGAGAGCCACUGUUCUAGAGCUAAGUGAAGGCAUUUCUAGGGUUCCCAAAUUACUGUAAGAACUGGCUCCGGCACUGAACCUCUGAGUCGAUAUGAACGAGGACAAGGAUUUUGGAAUAGGUUUGAUUACAUCCGUUUCUUCAUCCCCUUACCGUCUAUCAUUUUCUUAAGUAGGGGAAACAUUUUAAAAUAAUAAACAUGUUUCUUACCAUCAUAUGUUCACAUGGAUAAAACUAAGUCCAAAAAGAUGACCACAUCCAAAGUUCUAUUUGGGGGGAAAUACCAUAGGAGAUAUUAUAGCAUAUUGGGCGUGUGUCCACACGAGGAUUUGUUUUACUGCUUUAUAAAUAAAAGGAAAACUGUGGGUAUUUAUUAUAUAGAUCUUUCUUCAUUAUGAACACCACCUUUACUUCUUCUGAGCCUUGGGGGUGGUGGUGGGGAGAAUGCCAUUUUCUGUCUGUGAGAUCCACUAUUGGAAACAUAAUCCCAUAGUCCUAGAAGGCAUUCAGUCCCCCAUGAGCUUUCUCUUCCAAAGUAUGGUCUUUCCAUGAUUCUUCUGUUCUGCUGAUUCAUGCCCGCCAAAUGACCCAGACAAGUAGAACAAGGAAGUAUUUGUCUUAAGUGGGAGCAGAGGACAUGUAUCUACCUUUGACCUAUCUGGAAAUUAACACUUAAAAUGUGUCCUGUUCCCACCCUCCAGCUUCCCCCAAAUCAGUGAAGCUUGAAUGUCUCACCAGCUUGACACCCUCUAAAUUUCCAGGCAGGCCAUCUGUAGUUCUACCAUCCUGUUCCCAGAAGCUUGCUCUAUGUCACUCAUGUUUUCCUAACCUCUAGAAAAAAAAAAUGGCUGUGUUCUAAGUGUGGCCAUUAUGUCUGACAACUUCUUUCUGGUAUACAUGUGUUGAUAGUCCUGAGACAUUCAUUGAAUAAAUGCAGUUGGCCUCUGAUUAAUUCCAAAUCGUCUCAAGAACAGGUGGCUAACUCCUAUGGAGCUUACUCACUAUAUGCAUUCAAGAAUGGAAAGGAAGAUCAACUUUAACUGAAGAAAAAUGGUGAAAGUGAAAGCAUCAAAAUUUAUACAAAAUAAGCAGCUUUAGAAAAAAGAUCUGCCUCCAAAGAAACUGGAAUAACUAGCAGUAGUUAUUCUGAACUUUAGCAUAGUUUCUGAACUUUAAAAUAAGGUUGAAACAUACAGUCUAGGAUUUCCAAAAGAUGAUUAAAUUCACAACUUAGAAAUACCAUAUUCCCUGACUAUGCUAAACCCACAGUCUGAAAGCAGGGGAUUCCGAAGCACUCUACAACAGACUCACAAAUACAUGCAUAGCAGUAGAUCAGAAGCAGUCUGAGGAGUAGAUCCACAAGUCCUCCUACCCUUGAAGACUUUUUGAGACUCAUUCUGGGGUGUAUUUCAAAUUUUCUGAUGCCUUUUGCCACUGUGCAUAUGUGUCCACAGCCAAUAACAGCCAGAAGGAUAAUUAAAUGAGAAAUCAAGAGGGCAGAAAACUCAACAAACUAUUUAUUAAAAAGAAGCCAGUCCAGUCCUUUUGUUCUCCCUUCUCCAGAACACAACUCUGGGCUACCUGAACAAGGUAUUAAACCUGCUUCCUCUUCCAUGACUAUCUAUCCAAUGGAUUGAUGAAGGCACUACCAAAAAUGGCCUUCCUGAACAAGAAACUAAAACUUUGUUUACUCUUCAGAACAUACUUAUGUGUACACACACAAACGGGGGGAGAGAGAGAGAGAGAGAGAGAGAGAGAGAGAGAGAGAGAGAGAUGGCUUCUGACUUCAAGGAGUAAAAGUAAUGAGAUGAGAAAUAAGUUGAUGGCUCUUAAUACUGUUGAGGCCUUCAGUUAAUCUUACGUAUUCACAACAUACUUAUUUCUCAAAAACUAUUCACUAGGUGCUAUGUGCUAGGCAUUGCAAACAUCAAAGGUCAAUUAAAUUUCAUCCUUUCGAAGCUCACUGCAGUAGAAGACACAUGGAUGAGAGAGAGAGAGAGAGA